UUGCUAGUCUCAACGCGUAAAACUCAAAUCUAACAAAAUGAAAUUCGUCAUUGUCUUCGUUGCUCUCUUCGCCGUCGCCUUCGCCGCCCCAGCUGAUUCUGAUGCGCAAGUCCUGCGCUUCGACUCCGACGUGCAACCCGAUGGAUUCAAAUACGCUUAUGAGACCAGCAACGGUAUUGCGGAAAACGCUGAUGCUGUCCUGAACAACAUUGGAAGCGAAAACGAGGCUAUUGCUGUCCGUGGCUCCUACUCCUUCGUUGCUGAUGAUGGUCAAACCUACACCGUCAACUACAUCGCCGAUGAGAACGGUUUCCAACCACAAGGUGCUCAUUUGCCCGUCGCCCCAGUUGCUUAAGUUGCUAAAUAUUUCAUUAAUUUGAGUUUAUUCUAUAAAUCCGUACAAAUUCCCCAAUAUUUUGUUGUCCCCUCCUUGCUAUCCUGAUCCUAGUCGUCCUACCUCUAACAACUGCCCUGAUUGCUAUUAACAUGGUGGUGUUAUUGUGAAACGGUAUGAGAUCAGUGUGAUCAGUUGUUAGUCCUUAG